UACGCGCCCUGUCCGACGUCCGCGACUCUAUUCCAUUCACAGUAAACGUUUGGACGUCAAUCACGCACGUUUGCGCGCUCGUUACCACUCGGAAAGUUGAUCGAUAUUUUAUUUUAUUUUUGUUUUUUUCGUGAUAAUAUUAAUAGCAACAAUAAUUCCGAAGUGUACUAUAACAAAACAAAAUAUAAUAUAAUUAUUAAUAUUUCGUAAUCGUAUUGGUAUAAAUAUCGUAUUAUUUUUUUAAUUUUCGUCCUAUAAAUAUAUUUUAUAUAGAUCUAUAAAAAUGUCUCAUACGGUGACAGUUACCAGGACUACAACGUCUACAACAUCUGCUAUAAUCCUAAAUACUGGUUAUGUGAAAUCGGUGCCUGGAUUGUUAAAACUGGCCGAAGUUAUUUUAGGUGGAAUUGUCUUGGGUCUGUUGAUUUAUAACAGGGACAAUUUAUGUCAUUGCUGGGUGUAUGGCACGCACAACGCACAACUUUUUUUUUUGGGCACAAUUAGUGCGUUUUUCUUAACGAGUCUUCUGUUGUUGAUUUCUUGUCUUCUAUCAAUUUCUACUGGGCCUAUCAUAUCUAAAACUAACUUUGAGUUCAUUUACCACGGUGCUGGAUUUGUAUUUUUGCUGUUGGCAUCUGUUUUCCUAUUACUUGAUGCAAAUGAUAAUAGUGGCCGUAACUCACAAAAUCACUUUAUGAUUGCAUCAAUUUUGGGAUUGGUAAUGGCAGCUUUUUACCUGUUAAGUUCAAUCUGGGGUUAUAGAUCAUACAGAGGCCCAUGAACAACCUGUCAAUAAUAUUUCGCAUAAGGAGCAUAGCCACAUAGACAAAGAAAACGGACGACUAGCAAAAAGCACAUAUUAAUUAAGGAUAAAAACCAGCUUAAUAUUAUAUAUAAUUUAUUGUAUAAAUUAUUAUUGUUAAGCAUUAUUAUGAUGACAGUUUUAUAUGGUCUAUUUAACUCUUUAUACGGUCAUGUUCUCAGGACUUUUAUAUUAACUUUGUUAACUAUGCUUAUGAGUUAUGACUUUUAUUAUACCAAAUGUGUUUGUGUUAUUUUUUAAGUAAAUUAAGACAUAAAAAAAAGCAAAAAACCUAUUGCCAUCUGCUCGUGCUUAAUGAAAAAUUAAGCAUCUUAAGUUUAUUUUAAUUGCAUUGUUCAAAUCUUUAUAUAUUUAAGUAAUAACUGUGUGCCUUAUGUAUUUAUUUUAUUGUACAUUUUUCAAGUGCAAGAAUAUGAAUCAAAAUUUAUGCUCGCAUUUAUUGAACUAAUAUUAAAUGAAUAUUUAUUAAUUUUAACACAACUAAAA